AGGCUCAUGAGAGGCACAAACCAGUCAAGUGUCUCUGAGUUCCUCCUCCUAGGACUCUCCAGACAGCCCCAGCAGCAGCAGCUCCUCUUCCUGCUCUUCCUGAGCAUGUACCUGGCCACGGUCCUGGGAAACCUGCUGCUCAUCCUGGCGGUCAGCACCGAUUCCCGCCUGCACACUCCUAUGUACUUCUUCCUUGGCAACCUGUCCUUCAUGGACGUCUGCUUCUCCUCCACCACCACUCCCAAGAUGCUGGCUACUCACAUGCUUGGGAGCCAGACCAUCUCCUUCUCUGGCUGCCUCACACAGAUAUAUUUUCUCUGUGUGUUUGCCGACAUGGACAAUUUCCUCCUGGCUGUGAUGGCCUACGACCGCUUUGUUGCUGUGUGCCACCCCUUACAUUACAUGACAAAGAUGACCCAUCAGCUCUGUGCCCUGCUGGUCGCUGGAUCAUGGGGCGUGGCCAGCCUGAAUGCUCUGUUGCACACCCUGCUGAUGGCUCGACUCUCGUUCUGUGCAGAUAACACUAUCCCCCACUUCUUCUGUGAUGUGAUUCCUCUCCUGAAACUCUCCUGCUCGGACACGCACCUCAAUGAGAUGAUGAUUCUUAUCGCAGCAGGGCCAAUAAUGAUCGCCCCGUUUAUUUGCAUCCUGGCGUCUUAUGUCCUUAUUGCUUGUGCUGUCCUGAGAGUCCCAUCUACAAAGGGAAGAUGGAAAGUCUUCUCCACCUGUGGCUCCCACGUGGCUGUAGUUUUCCUCUUCUAUGGCACCAUCAUAUCUCUCUAUUUCAACCCCUCAUCCUCUCACUCAGCUGAGAAAGACAUAGCAGCUGCUGUGAUGUAUACAGUGGUGACCCCCAUGCUAAACCCUGUCAUCUACAGCCUGAGGAACAAGGACAUAAAAGGGGCUCUUGGAAAAGUGAUUGCCCCGAAAUUUUUUGUUACUCAAUAA